AUGGCCGGCCGGGCGCGCCGCGAGCCGCUGGCGGCGCCCGCGGCGCUGCUGCUGCUGCUGCUCGCCCUGAUGUGGCCGAGGGGAGUGUGGUGUGGUUACCACGAGAAGCGGCUGCUACAUCACCUGCUGGACCACUACAACGUGCUCGAGCGGCCCGUCGUAAACGAGAGCGACCCGCUGCAACUCUCCUUCGGCCUCACGCUCAUGCAGAUCAUCGACGUGGACGAGAAGAAUCAGCUUUUAAUAACAAACAUCUGGCUGAAAUUAGAAUGGAAUGAUAUGAACUUAAGGUGGAACACUUCGGACUUUGGUGGUGUCAAAGAUUUGCGAGUACCACCUCACAGGUUAUGGAAACCUGACGUACUCAUGUACAAUAGCGCGGACGAAGGAUUUGAUAGCACAUAUCCGACCAAUGUGGUGGUUCGUAACAACGGCUCGUGUCUGUACGUGCCGCCGGGUAUUUUUAAAAGCACAUGCAAAAUUGAUAUCACCUGGUUCCCUUUCGACGACCAACGCUGCGAGAUGAAGUUUGGCAGCUGGACAUACGAUGGAUACCAACUUGACUUGCAAUUACAAGAUGAAGCUGGUGGUGAUAUAAGCAGUUUUGUGACAAACGGCGAAUGGGAACUAAUAGGGGUUCCGGGGAAGAGAAAUGAAAUCUAUUACAAUUGCUGUCCGGAGCCGUAUAUUGAUAUCACAUUUGCAGUGGUGAUCCGACGAAAAACGCUGUACUAUUUCUUCAAUCUUAUCGUACCUUGCGUGUUGAUUGCCUCUAUGGCACUUUUAGGGUUCACCUUACCACCAGAUUCCGGCGAAAAACUUUCCCUCGGUAUGGACUCUGCAUUAUUAGUAUAUUACAUUGUUAUUCUGUUGCUUUGCAAUAUUAUGACGACAAUAUUUUUUUAUUUAGGUGUAACAAUUCUGCUGUCGCUAACUGUGUUUCUAAACAUGGUAGCAGAAACAAUGCCCGCCACUUCAGACGCUGUCCCACUUCUGGGUACAUAUUUCAACUGCAUCAUGUUCAUGGUGGCCUCUUCUGUCGUAUCAACUAUACUUAUCCUCAACUACCACCAUCGGCAUGCGGACACACACGAAAUGAGUGAUUGGAUCCGGUGCGUGUUCUUGUACUGGCUACCGUGGAUCCUGCGCAUGUCGCGGCCGGGGUCGGCGACGACGCCGCCACCGGCGCGCGCGCCUCCCCCGCCCGACCUCGAGCUGCGCGAGCGCUCCUCCAAAUCGCUGCUCGCCAACGUGCUCGACAUAGACGAUGACUUCCGGCACGCGCACGCGCAGCAACCGCCCUGCUGCCGCUACUACAGGUCCCUCGACGAUCUACACGAACACUACUCGCCGGGUGGCGAAGAGAACGGCGCAGGUCUCGCGGCACACAGCUGCUUCGGUGUCGACUACGAACUCUCGCUGAUUCUCAAAGAGAUCAGAGUCAUCACAGAUCAAAUGCGCAAAGAUGACGAAGAUGCGGACAUUUCGCGGGAUUGGAAGUUCGCCGCCAUGGUCGUGGACAGACUGUGCCUUAUUAUCUUUACCCUGUUCACAAUCAUCGCCACGCUCGCCGUGCUGCUGUCCGCGCCGCACAUCAUGGUGUCGUAGCGAGCCGCCCGCCUGCGACUGCGCGCGCGUAACGUUCUGUGAUACCGUAAUACUUGUUAAGUUGUGAUGUGCGAUGGGGCGCGGACGCCGACGCCGCAACGUCGAAGAGGACGUUGCCUGCCUCUGCAUCCGCGCCGCCCUAUAGUUAUAAGUUACCGCUGACUGCCAACCCCGUGCGCUCAACCGACUACUGCCUACCCCACUGAUGUCCUUAACUUUUUAAACAAAUAUGAGCGUAGAUCCGAACGUAGAUGAGCAUGUAAAGUGUUGAUCUACAGAUGUCCCAUAAACAAAUAAUACCGAAAGCCAGCAAUCCUAUGAUGAGUGGUUCCGAGUAGACAUUCGGUUCCCGGGUCAAUAUUAAAUAGUAAAAUGAGGCAGUGAAGUCCCCGGCGCUUGUAGAAGUCCACGCUAGACUAGUCGCCGCGCCGUGUCGAACGACCGCAGCAGCAUCUUUGUCUGCGGCCGGUUCACCAAUAUGAGCACAAAAACGUCUUCCUUCUUACCGUUGAACGACCUGUUGGAUUUUAAAUUUAAAACUUUGUUAAAUCUUUCUUGAAAUCGUAAAUGUAUAUGUACAGUUUAAGAUUCGGUUCUGGGCAGUGAAGCGAGGGCCCGCGUUUUCUUCUCGUUCGAUUCCGUGAAUCGUGGUCGUAAUCCUUAAGUUUGUUUUCGGAUGUAUUUGUGUCCGUAGUUAGUAUAGAGGUUUACAAACGAUGUUAAUUCAAUUGGUACAGGUUGUGAUACGCCUCGUUGUGAACGGGACGAUAUUGUUAUAAAAUGGUCAAAUAUCCAGGCUAAUAGCUUAAUAAAACGUUCGUUAAAACUUGUAGUUAAACAAAGUAUUAUUUUAUUAAAAUCAUACCCGGGUCUUUCGGAACAACUUAUACAAAUAAAUACAUUACAUGGUGAUAUCUCGUUUGUACCGACUUCUUUAAUACUGCUGAAAUAAUGUUAGCUUUUACGGAAUUUCUCCUAUAUCGAAACAUAAUUGAUUAUAUUAUAAUAGUUUUGAUAUAAGAAUUUGGACAUGUUUUUAGUUUUUCUUUACAUUAAUCGCCAUGUUAUGUUCAUCAUCAUUAUUGCUGUCCUCGAUGUAUUUUCAACAAACAAUCAAUAUUAUUCCACUUAAAUUUCAACCACUAUCUAACCGCUCAUAUAAUCCUUUCCAUUUCCCUAACCCCAUGUACAUUAUUUAAUUUUGUUCAUCCAACCCAUUUUAUUGUUAUUGAAAACAUUGUUAGCCUCUUGAAAAUAAAACGCAAUAGAGUAAGGAACUGCGUGGAUAUAUACUGACAAAAAUAUAAAUGUACCCGCGCAAGUCCUUCAGUGUUUUGUUUUUUCGAGGUGGUGCUAUUAAAUAGUCGUAGGCGUUCCUUUUGGAAGUUGCGGAGCGUCUAUGAUUCUUGGCCCGGUGUUUUCUGUUAUCCCCAAUUUUUAUUGUUGUUAUACAUUAAGUUAUCAACCUUUAAAUCGGUUGUGUAACUUAUGGGACGGUAAGCUUAGCGAAUAUGUAUCGCAAAGGAUACGACUAUCUACUAUUGGAUAGUGUACUCGCUUAAUUACCGUCUACGUUAGGACGAAUGGUUCGUCCCCAUAAUUUGUUCAAUUGUUAGGGUUAAUACUCUGAAUUGCACUUUGUUUAAUAAAUA